GUCCGUGCCCAUUCUCCUGGCGGCGGUUGGUGGAUCCGCAGCUGAAAGUCGGCGGCUGCGCGUUUACCUGUCUCCCCUGGAACUCCUCGCACUGGCCCACCUCAGCCCGACGCUGGCCUCACGGACCCGGGCGCCGGCCCGAGCGCUGCCUCGGAUUAGGUGUCGGUCGAGGUCGGCGCGCCCCACUUUGUCUCCCCGCGGCUCGGCCAGGUCCGGACUGCUGUCGCCUCGUCGCCAUGGCGCCCACCAUCCAGACCCAGGCACAGCGGGAAGAUGGCCACAGGCCCAAUUCCCAUCGGACUCUGCCUGAGAGAUCUGGAGUGGUCUGCCGAGUCAAGUACUGCAAUAGCCUCCCUGACAUCCCCUUCGACCCCAAGUUUAUUACCUACCCUUUCGACCAGAACAGGUUCGUUCAGUACAAAGCAACUUCCUUGGAAAAACAGCACAAACAUGACCUCCUGACUGAGCCAGACCUGGGGGUCACCAUUGACCUCAUCAACCCUGACACCUACCGCAUUGACCCCAAUGUACUCUUAGAUCCAGCUGAUGAGAAGCUUCUGGAAGAAGAGAUUCAGGCCCCCACUAGCUCCAAGAGGUCUCAGCAGCAUGCAAAGGUGGUGCCAUGGAUGCGGAAGACAGAGUAUAUCUCCACUGAGUUCAACCGUUAUGGCAUCUCCAAUGAGAAGCCUGAGGUGAAGAUUGGGGUUUCUGUAAAACAGCAGUUCACUGAGGAAGAAAUUUACAAAGAUAGGGAUAGCCAGAUAACAGCCAUUGAGAAGACUUUUGAGGAUGCCCAGAAGUCGAUCUCCCAGCAUUACAGCAAGCCCCGAGUGACACCGGUGGAGGUCAUGCCCGUCUUCCCAGACUUUAAGAUGUGGAUUAAUCCAUGUGCUCAGGUAAUCUUUGACUCAGACCCAGCCCCCAAGGACACGAGUGGUGCAGCUGCAUUGGAGAUGAUGUCUCAAGCCAUGAUCAGGGGCAUGAUGGAUGAGGAAGGGAACCAGUUUGUGGCCUACUUCCUGCCUGUGGAAGAGACAUUGAAGAAACGAAAGCGGGACCAGGAAGAGGAAAUGGACUAUGCACCGGAUGAUGUAUAUGACUACAAGAUUGCUCGGGAGUACAACUGGAAUGUGAAGAACAAAGCUAGCAAGGGUUAUGAGGAAAACUACUUCUUCAUCUUCCGAGAGGGUGAUGGAGUUUACUACAAUGAGUUGGAGACCAGGGUCCGCCUAAGUAAGCGCAGGGCCAAGGCUGGGGUUCAGUCGGGUACCAAUGCCCUGCUUGUGGUCAAACACCGGGACAUGAAUGAGAAGGAAUUAGAAGCCCAGGAGGCACGGAAGGCCCAGCUGGAGAACCAUGAACCUGAGGAAGAGGAGGAAGAAGAAAUGGAGACAGAAGAGAAAGAAGCUGGGGGCUCAGAUGAGGAGCAAGAGAAGGACAGCAGCAGUGAGAAAGAAGGCAGUGAGGAUGAGCGCUCAGGCAGUGAGAGUGAGCGGGAAGAGGGUGAUAGGGAUGAAGCAAGUGACAAGAGUGGUAGCGGCGAGGAGAGCAGUGAGGAUGAGGCCCGAGCUGCCCGGGACAAAGAGGAGAUCUUCGGCAGUGAUGCGGACUCAGAGGACGCCGACUCUGAUGACGAAGACAGAGGACGGGCCCAUGGUAGUGACAAUGAUUCAGAGAGUGGCAGCGAUGGAGGUGACCAGCGGAGCCCCAGUCCCAGCCGCAGCCCCAGUGGCAGCGCCAGUCCCUUCCCCAGUGGCAGUGAGCACUCAGCCCAGGAGGAUGGCAGUGAAGCCCCAGCUUCUGAUUCCAGCGAGGCAGACAGUGACAGUGACUGAGUCCUGUCCGGGCCGGCGCAGACAUGGUGAUUCUGUGCAGGAAGGCACUUCUCUGUGGUGUAUUUGCGAGCCUUUCACUGUUUCCCUUCUCUCCUCCAACCCUUUGCUGUUAAUAAAACCAGUUUCUCCCCUU